CUCAGGCAGGAGGAGAGACCGUUACUUCAUUCCACUCUGCCGGUAGCUAACGGUCGGCUCCGCGCUCUGUUCUCCUUCACGCUGUCCUGCCGAGUGUAUUUCUGUGAGGAUAAUAUUUCCCUUCCUCUCCUGGUGGACUGUUUUUCGUCCUUUCUGAAGUGUGUCGCGGAGUUCAGCAUUUCGGGAUGUAUGAGACCUCGUUUGGUUGAACUGGUUCGGGGUUCCUCCACAAAACGCCUCAUUUUCGGGAAGAGAUUUAAAACAUGGACUAAUCUCAAUCCACGAUGGGGUUAUUACAGUUUCUGGUCGCGUUCGGAGCGCUGUUCGUCUCCUCAGUUGCAGGUCUCGGUGUGGAUCCUUCUCUCCUCAUCAACGUGUUUAAGGAUUUUAGCCCUGGAGCAGAUUUCAAGGGAGUUUCUCAGGUCCAGGGCUUCCACGACGAGUCCAGAGCUUACCUCUUCCAAGGGUCCUCUAGGAGUGUGAGGGUGCCAGAGGAAACGGCUCAGCGGAUGCUUCAAAAACUGAGGGGCAAGAGUGAGUUCACUGUUGCUGUGACUCUGAAGCAGGAGCUGCUCAAUUCUGGAGUCAUCCUCUCCAUUCACCAUGCCGAGCAGAGGUUUUUAGAGCUGGAGAGCAGUGGGCAAAAGAGUGAAGUGCGUCUCCAUUUCCAAGCCAAAGGACAGCAGACACACACUGAGAUCUUCCCCUACACGCUUGCAGACAACCAGUGGCACAAACUGUCAGUGGCCAUCAGCGCCUCACAUGUCACACUUUAUGUGGACUGCAACAGAAUCUAUGAGAGAGUGGUCUCUGUUCCUGUCAUGGACAUCCCUGAAGACACAUCCCUCUGGAUUGGACAAAGGAACAGCGCACACGGCCUGUUUAAGGGUGUGAUGCAAGAUGUUCAGAUACUAGUGAUGCCUCAAGGUUAUAUCACCCAGUGUCCAGAUCUAAAUCGCACUUGUCCGACGUGUAAUGAUUUCCAUGGGCUAGUGCAGAAAAUAAUGGAACUCCAAGAUAUCUUGGCUAAAACAUCCAGCAAGCUGUCGCUGGCAGAGGAGAGAAUGAACGGCCUGGAUAAUUGCUAUUGUGAGCGGACAUGCAGUGUGAAGGGGGUGACCUACAGAGAGGACCAGGCCUGGACAGAUGGCUGCAAGAACUGCACAUGCUCGAAUGGGACAGUUCAGUGUGAAACCAUCGUUUGUCCCCCUCUGGAGUGUCCUGAUGGUUCAGUCCCCGCCUAUGUGGCAGGGGAGUGCUGCAAAAAUUGUCAGCCUAUGUGCCUGUUUACCGGGCAGGAGCUAGUGGAAGGAGACAGAAGAGCUGUGCAUCACCCUAGUGGACUGUGCCUACUCUAUGAAUGCAAGGGCCACACUAUGCACAAAGUCCAGAAUAGUGGAGACUGCCCGGAGCUCAACUGUCCUGAAGCAGAGCAGGUGACUGUUACUGACAGGUGCUGUAAAGUGUGCAGAGGCCAUGACUUCUGUGCAGAAGGCAACACUUGCAUGGAACACUCGGAUUGUCUGAAUCUAGAAGCAGGAGCGAGCUGCAGCUGCAAAGAAGGUUUCCGGCCUCUUCGCUCAGACAAUGCAUACUGUGAAGAUAUUGAUGAGUGUGCGGAGGGAAAGCAUUACUGCAGGGAGAACACGAUGUGUGUGAACACUCCUGGAUCCUUCAUGUGCAUCUGCCAUACUGGAUACAUCCGCAUCGAUGACUACUCUUGCACUGAGCAUGAUGAGUGUGUGUCAGAACAGCACAACUGUGAUGAGAAUGCAUUGUGUUUUAACACUGUCGGGGGACACAGCUGCUCCUGUAAACCCGGCUACACCGGCAAUGGCACCAUCUGCCGAGCUCUGUGUGACGGUCUGUGCCUAAAUGGUGGCUCCUGUGUCUCCCCCAACACAUGUAUGUGCACACAAGGCUUCACUGGGAAGAGGUGUGAGACAGAUAUUGAUGAGUGUUCAGAGGGCUUUGUGGAGUGUGACAGUCGUGCUACCUGUGUGAACCUACCUGGCUGGUACCACUGUGAAUGCCGAGAUGGAUACCACGACAACGGCAUGUUCAGUGCAAAUGGAGAGUCGUGUGAAGAUAUAGAUGAGUGCAAAGCAGGUAGGAGUACUUGUGCCAAUGAUACUGUCUGCUUUAACCUGGAUGGAGGAUACGAUUGCAGGUGUCCCCACGGACACAACUGUACUGGCGACUGUAUCCAUGACAACAAGGUGAAACACAAUGGGCAGAUCUGGGUCCUGGACAACGACAGGUGCUCUGUCUGCUCUUGCCAAAUGGGGCAGGUGAUGUGCAGGCGUAUGGUGUGUGACUGUGAGAACCCCACUGUGGAUCUGUUCUGCUGUCCAGAGUGCGACCCACGCCUCAGCUCUCAGUGCCUGCACCAGAACGGCCUGCUCACCUACGCCAGUGGAGACACCUGGACCGAAAACUGCCAGCAGUGCCAGUGCCUGCAGGGGGAGGUGGACUGCUGGCCAUUGUCCUGCCCACCGGCGGACUGUGACUUCACGCUGGUGCCUGAGGGUGAGUGCUGCGCCCACUGUGUGUCGGACCCGUGCCAGGCUCACAGCGUUCGCAACGACAUCACCAAAACUUGCGAGGAUGAACACGGCAUCACACGCUUCAGCGGCUCCUCCUGGCUCAAACACGGCACUGAGUGCACCCUCUGCCAGUGCAAGAAUGGACAUAUCUGUUGCUCAGUGGACCCUAUGUGCCUUUAGCUGCAAACCAGAAUUCUAAAGGCAUUUGUACAGUCUUUCUCCAUUUAAAAGAAACUCACCCUCUUCACCCUGUCCCCAAUCUACUUCUUUAUACCAAAUGCAAAAUGUGUAUAAAACCAACCUGAAAACCUCACUGUUCAUAUCUGCUACAGGAGGAGUCCAUGUCUUCAUACUGAGGUGAAACAGCCCAUCUGAAUUACUGCUCUGUACAAAAUCCUGUAUACACUGGCAUGACCACACUGGAUGUUAAAAAAGCAUAUUCUUUCAUUUCUAAGUCUUUAUGAACCCAGAAAAGAAGUAGGGAUUAUAGAUAGUAAGUAAAUGUUAUUGUACUUCUCUUUCAUCACAUUAUGGAAGUUGUCUCUAUUUUGUGAUUCCAUUAAAAAAAACACUUUUUGUUACA